UCGCACCAGUCAUCCGAUCUUUUACAAAUCUUAGAACUUUGCAAUUGUCAAAAUUACUUUUUAAUUGACCCAAUCGAAAGAAAAUGUCUCACUUUUGAGUUUGGUUGCAGAUACCAACACGGUUUAAAUAAUAUAUGUAUAUUGUUACCACUAAACAAAAUGUGGAGUAAUAAACAUUUUAAAAUGCUACAGUAGUAUACAUCAUAGAACUAUUAAUUUGUGUGCAUCAUCUUCGUCAUUUCGCCGUUGUUUUCUCUCUAUAGUAAAGUAUUGAUCUAUAAAUCAUUCUCUUUCCCUCUGCGCGUUUCACCCUUUAUAGAAAAGAACCAGUGAAUCAUCAUCAUCAUCAUCAUCUUCCUUCCUCUUCUCCAAAAACAGAUUUUCGACCAAACUUGAUCUGUCUUGUCCGAAGCUUAUUAUUAUAAUAAAUGGCGGAAGAACAUAGAUGUCAAACGCCGGAAGGCCACCGUCUCUGCGUUAACAACUGCGGUUUCUCCGGCAGCUCAGCCACCAUGAACCUCUGCUCCAAUUGCUACGGCGAUCUCUGCCUCAACCAACAACAACAACAAGCCUCCACCAAAUCAACCGUCGAAUCCUCUCUCUCCGCCGCAUCUCCUCCGUCGUCUUUGGAGAUCGAAUCCAUCUCAUCUUCUUCAUCAACGGCGGAGAAACAAAUCCCGCUGAUUCAGACGUCGACGGAGCAGAAGCAGCCGCCGCAACGGCCUAACCGGUGCACCGUGUGCAGGAAACGGGUCGGGUUGACCGGAUUCAUGUGCCGGUGCGGGACGACUUUCUGUGGGACCCACAGGUAUCCGGAAGUUCACGGAUGCUCGUACGAUUUCAAAUCGGCGGGGCGCGAAGAGAUCGCAAAGGCUAAUCCUUUGGUCAUAGCCGCGAAGCUCCAGAAGAUAUGAUCUGAGCCGUUGACUUUUCUUCUAUUCUCUCUCCCGCGUUUUCCCGAGACAACAACCUCCGAUGCUUUCGGUGUAUCUCAGCCGUUCAUUAUGUUAAAACAUAUACCACGUGUUACGUGAUUAAAGGUUGAGAUGGUUGUUACCGUAUUCACCUUUCAAUUAUUUUCCUUUUUCUUCCGAAAGAAUUUUAUGUUUUUAUAAUUGUGUGGCUUUUUGCUUGUGAAAGGAAAAGACUUUCUUUUGGAGAAAAGAAAAUAUAUAAAAAUUGUGUCUCUCGGUUUUUAUUUUUAUUUUUGUU